AGGUAUUUAUCCGAUUCCCUUUUUCAUGUAAGGUAAAAUCUGUUCUCCAGUAUUUAUGUAUUUGAAUUCUUUGCUCAGCGCUAUGUAUUAGUACAACUCUUCUCCUCAUUUGUCAGUUCAGCUUUAGCGGAUCACUUCUGAUGCUUACUUCCUGCAAAAUGUCAGUGGAAGCACCUAGAGAUCUCAAAACAUUGCCAAAAGCUGAGAAGCUCACUAAUAUCUCCAGAAAUGGAAAUACUUCGGAGAAACAGGUUGAGAAUAUUGAUGAAAAUCAUGAAGAAAAGGAAAGAGAAAAUCCCAUCUUACUAGUAGAACCUAUCCAUAAUGAAGAUUGCAAGGUAAAUUCGGGGUGGAGGUGGGAACUUCAGAAGUAGAAUACAUUGAAUCUGAGAAUCUGGAGGAUGUGGAAGAUGUAGAUAUGAGCCUGAAGUUUAUCGACAAUGUUGGCGGGGCUGGAAUCCAAGGUCUGGAUUUUGGUGUGUGAGGCACUCAAUGAUGUGCGGAGGUUGUGCAAGUUUCACAGAGAAGCAAUGCUUGAUAUUUUGUGAGUCUUAUUUUUUAAAUUCGGAUAUAUCCAUUGGUUUCAACAGAUCUAUGUUAUGCGUUCUCUGUUUCCUGGUUGUACUAAUUUUGUCUACUUAACAUAAGCUGGGUAAAUGUAAUCUCGCUUGUUGUGAAAUCCUUGAAGAGUCCUAGAAGUGCUGUAUGUAAGACUGCUAUCAUGACUUCAGCUGACAUUUUCAAAGCAUACUGUGACAGCGUUGUUGACUUAAUAGAUCCACUGCUUGUUCAACUUCUGCUAAAAUCUUCACAAGACAAGCGAUUUGUUUGUGAGGCAGCUGAGAAAGCUCUGAUAUCCAUGACGACAUGGGUUUCUCCAGUUCUAUUGUUAGCUAAGCUGCAACCUUAUCUUAAAAACAAAAAUCCUCGAAUUCGAGCUAAGGCUUCAAUGUGCAUUUCUCGAAGUGUACCACAUCUGGGAUCUGAUGGAAUCAAAGCAUAUGGGAUUGAAAAGCUGAUCCAACUCGCCGCAUCUCAACUCAGUGACAAACUCCCUGAAUCAAGGGAGGCUGCUCGUGGUCAAUUGUUAGAUCUGCAAAAUGUCUACGAGAAAACACUUGAUAUGAUGCCAAUAGACGUGAGUGAAAACCCCCAAAUAAAUUCCUGGGAGCAUUUGUGUCAAUCGGAGCUCUCGCCUUUAAGUGCUCUAGCUGUUCUUCGUGUGACAAAUGUCGCCCGGUAGUAUCUUGUUUUGGUUCGUGUAGUUAAUGCAAAGUAUCGAGUUCUAGUGAGCAUGUUUUGCCUUUAUUCUUUAUAUACCUGUAAAUACCAUCAAAGCUUAGGCAUGAGCUGCUUGAAGGCACAGUUGAAUCAUAUACUGUAGCUAUAAAAACCCAGUGUCAUGAUUACACGGUUUAUGUUA